AGAGGAGGCAAUUCGACAGCUUUGAAUUAAAAAUUGUCUUAGCUAGUAAUAUUCUAGACGCAGUAAACUUCACAACUGUAACUCGUGACUGAGUUCACGGCAUUAUUUUCUUUCUUGUUUAACAUCGUUCAGCCCUGAAAGCCAACAUGGGGCGCCGACCAGCUAGGUGUUACCGAUAUUGUAAAAAUAAGCCCUACCCAAAAUCAAGAUUCUGUCGUGGUGUGCCUGACCCAAAAAUUCGUAUUUUUGAUCUUGGGAAAAAGAAAGCAUCUGUAGAAGAUUUUCCAUUAUGUGUGCACUUGGUGUCUGAUGAAUAUGAACAGCUUAGUUCAGAAGCACUUGAAGCAGGACGUAUCUGUGCGAACAAAUACAUGGUGAAAAAUGCUGGAAAAGAUCAAUUUCAUAUUCGUAUGAGACUUCAUCCAUUCCAUGUUAUUCGCAUCAAUAAAAUGUUAUCAUGUGCUGGAGCUGAUAGACUCCAAACUGGAAUGAGAGGAGCUUUUGGUAAACCACAAGGUACUGUAGCUAGAGUACAUAUUGGACAACCUAUAAUGAGUGUACGCUCGUCAGAUCGUCAUAAGGCUGCUGUUGUUGAAGCACUACGUCGUGCCAAAUUCAAGUUCCCUGGUCGUCAGAAAAUUUAUGUUUCAAAGAAAUGGGGUUUUACAAAAUAUGAUCGUGACGAAUACGAAGCACUAAAGUCAUCUGGCCGCCUAGCUCCUGAUGGUUGCAAUGUCAAGUAUUUACCUGAACAUGGUCCUCUUGAUGAAUGGAAGAAAUUCACAAAAAUUCUUUCUACUGCUUAAACAAAAAAUAAUCUUUUGGACUUCGAUUUCAUUAAAGAAAUUAUAAAUGAA